AUGGCAAUGACCCAAAACACACAGCCAAGGCAACAAAGGAAUGGCUCAAGAAGAGGCUUCCAGUUUAUCACGCAGCCACCAUGGACGGCUGGGAGAUCUGCUCUCCCCCGUUCAAUUUUGCAUCGCUGAGGGGCCCUGAAAAAGGCCAAAAGGCGCCCCGAAGAGGCGACCAGCAAGGAGGGGCUUUUGUUGGAUCACAGGAGAGCAACAACUCUUCCAUUAGAGCUGGCGAUCCCUCCAAACUGGCGGACGAAAGGACCAGCCAUAGAAAUACGGCUCGUCCCUAGGCUGCUAACAGCCGAAGUCGCAUUUACCAUCUGGCAACUUUAAAGCAGCGUGGAAGAGACUGGGUUUUAAGGUGAUUUAAGAUUUACAUCAUGCGCGAAUAUAAACUAGUAGUUCUUGGUUCGGGAGGUGUUGGGAAGUCUGCAUUGACUGUACAGUUCGUUCAAGGAAUAUUUGUUGAAAAAUAUGAUCCAACGAUAGAAGAUUCCUACAGAAAGCAAGUUGAAGUAGAUUCUCAACAAUGUAUGCUUGAAAUCCUAGACACAGCAGGAACGGAACAGUUUACAGCAAUGAGAGACCUCUACAUGAAAAAUGGUCAAGGAUUUGCUUUAGUUUAUUCCAUCACAGCACAAUCCACAUUUAAUGAUUUGCAGGAUCUACGAGAACAAAUUCUUCGAGUCAAAGACACUGAUGAUGUUCCUAUGAUUCUUGUUGGCAAUAAGUGUGACUUGGAAGAUGAACGUGUUGUGGGAAAGGAACAAGGACAAAAUUUAGCAAGGCAGUGGAAUAAUUGUGCAUUUUUAGAAUCUUCUGCAAAAUCAAAGAUAAAUGUUAAUGAGAUCUUUUAUGACCUUGUGCGACAAAUUAACAGAAAAACUCCUGUGCCUGGAAAAGCACGCAAAAAGUCAUCAUGUCAGUUACUUUAAUACAUGUAUGUACUGUAGCACUGAGCCAGGUCUGAAGAACUGUUGCUGACUACAGCAGUGCCAGCAUUCCAACUUUCUUAAACCUGCCAACAUCUUAAAUGGACUUUCCUGUGGUGGUACCCUUAUAAAAUGAUGACAGCUACAUCAGUUUGCACAUUCUAAUCACUUUCCAGCGUCACAAGAGAUUUUUACAUAUACAUAAUCUAAGUGUAUGCAACUGGUAAAACCAGAACCUACAUCCAGUAUUACCAGUGAGAGACAUUGUUCAUUUACCAAUGUUGUACAUGUAUGAAAUCUGUACUGUAUACUGCAACAAACCCCAUACUUCCUAUUGGAGAGUACAAUAAUGUAAAUCCUAAAAGCACCACUAUUUUAGCAUAAUAAAAGAAAGUCCAAAGAGCCUCCUAGACUAUUCCAGAUAAUUUUGCUUCAUUGGUAUUUGUAGCUUAUUGUAACUUUUUUAAAAAAAAAUACAGGAUCAUCAUUGUAUUGUACAAAAGCGCUUUGAUUAACACAACAGCUAUAUAGUUUUUUAAUUUUAGGAUUAAAAAAACCUGUGGAGACAGUGAACUAGUGUCUUUAAAAUGAGUCCUUUCAGUAUAAUGUCUGUCUAAAGACAUUGCCUUUAAUAUCUGUUGGGAAGGAAAUGUCCAGAUUUUUCAACCUUUUAUCGUAUGUUUCCUUUUCCUUGUUUACAUAGGGAACAAUGUUUAUAGUUGUGUGUACAGUGGGGGUCUACAACAAGAAGUGUAUAUUUUAAAAUAAUUUUUAAUGAUUUAACAAUUUUUUGUAAAUCAUUUCUGGGCUUCUGCAGCUGUAGAUUCUCACUGUGAAUUCCCUUGCUUGCUCAUGCAUAAGUGUAUUUGCAAUACCAAAUAUACAGGUUUAGUACUUUUGCCUGUUAGUGAUUGUUUUAUAUGUGUAACGUUUUGGUUGAGAUGUUAAAUGGUGGACGAGUACUGUGGAUGUGAAUGUGGGAAGUAAUUUUAAUCAUGUGUAAUUGGUCCCAAGGCCUAAGUUGCAGUAAUUACCUUUUUGCAGAUUUAUUUAACAAUGCCUUGUUGCUUUGUAUGCAUUGUUUGGGUGUAAAGAUUGCGUGUAAAAUCCAACAGGGAGCCACAAUAUUUAAAUUGACAACCUAAUGUUACAACUGCUUUGAGGUGGCCAAAUGUAAACUAAAAGCCUUAAUUAAAAGUGGUGCAAUUUUGUAUGACUUAGCAUCAGUAGUUCAAUAAAUUUGGAUUGCCAUGCAAGGGCUUGCAUUACAA